AUGAUGCGAGUGCUGAGCCUUGCGCUACUCUUAAUUUACUGCCUGCUCCCUUUAUGUUUGACAGAGGAGGCAGAUUUGAAAUCGUCUAAGGGUUUUGACUGGAUCAAGAUGCUGCCAAUCAUUAAAUAUCUUCUGAUUUUAGCAGCUCUUGGACAGGAUCACACGACAGCUGAAGGAAAGAAUCUGGAUAUGGCGCUGAAAUCUGUUGAUGAUCAAUAUGAGGGCUGCAUUAAUGACAUGGCUCAUAUGGUGACGACAGUGUAUAUGAAGAAGGAAACAUCUGAUCCUAAAUCUAAUUUCACAAAGGCUUGGGAAGAUGGUGUAAGGAAUGCCAAGAAACCAACAGAUGCAAACUUGAAAAUGAAUCAUUCAAUCGCCAUUCAUGUGUACACUGGUGACCGAGUCUAUAGCACGUUCAAUAAGGCUGUCGGUAGUGAUAAGAACAGAUACAAAGAUAAGAAGUACAACUGGUAUUCACUUCACUUUUGGUUAACGGAAGCCGUACAGAUUCUGAGAAAAAACCAAGGCGGGUGCAAGACAUCAUACCGGGGUACAAAAGACACGUACAGCACCAAGAAUGUUGUUGGCAAAGAGGUUCGUUUCGGAUCAUUUGCAUCCUCUUCUUUUAAACAAGCAGAAGCAAAUAGAUUUGGAGACAAGUCUUGCUUUGAGAUCUACACUUGUCAAGGUGCUCAUGUGGAGAAGUACUCUGUGUAUCCUCACGAAAAAGAGGUGCUGAUUCCUCCUUAUGAGACGUUUAAUGUCACUGCUGUCAGGACAAAAAAAGAUGACCCAAAACUGUGGUGUGACUCUGUGUUUACUUUGAGGAGCCUCAGAACAAUAAGCUAUGUCAACUGUGCCGCCGCAUCCAGCAGUGGAAAACCAGUUGCUUUCUUCAGUGUUGUGUCAAUUUCAGCUUUAUUUUGCUACGUGUUUAAGUACUAGUCAGCUAACCCAUUUAUUAAAAAAAUA